GUGAGUGCAAAGUUGGUGUGGGGUUUCCAAGUGUUUGUGCAGAGGCUUGGCUAUGGUUUAGCUGGUGACGUGUUGCUGAAGAGCAGGGAAAGGGGUAGUAGGAUUUACCCCCCUGUACUGAGACAGAGGGAGCCCGGAGGGGAUGGCGCAGAACCUUGUCUGUCUCUGCUGUUGCUUGGGAACAUCCCCCAAUAAUCUACAGCCUCAAAGCCUGUGAAUCUUGAAAAACAUCACAAUGGACGACGUAUUCAUCAGUUACUGUGUCGUUACCGGCAGCUUCUUGGGCUUCCAACUCCUUUUCUUAGCAAUCAGCCCCCAAAUAUUUACAAAAUACUCCAGAACCUACAGACAACUCAGCUUUGGCAAGCAGUGUGAGUGGGACUCAAGGUGUGUUUCCACAACCCAUGCGCUAAUCGUUGGGUCUGCAUGUCUAUAUAUUCUGGCUUAUGAUGAUGCUGUGAAUGCUGACCCCAUAUGGGGUGAUCCAUUUUGGGUGAAAAUGAACGUUGCCAUCACUUGCGGCUACCUCGUGCAUGAUUUACUGCUGCUGGCGCGGUUCUGGAAAGUGAUGGGAGACCCGUAUAUGGUGUCCCACCACCUGGCCGUGUUUUACUCCUAUGGAUACGUGCUGAAUCGCGGGGUGCUGCCAUAUUUUGCCAACUUCAGGCUGAUCUCAGAACUUUCUACGCCCUUUGUUAAUCAGAGGUGGUUUUUUGAUGUGAUUGGGAAGCCCCGCUCCUCCUGGCCGGUCCUGCUGAAUGGAUUUGCCAUGGCUCUGGUCUUUUUCAUAGUUCGUAUUGCAGUGAUCCCCAGUUACUACUCUCAGGUGGUUGCCACUUUUGGCACGGAAGGCUACAUCAGACUGGGCACUGGGCCGCAGGUAGCGUGGAUUGUGUCCUGUGUGGUGCUAGACAUUCUCAAUGUAUUCUGGAUGUACAAGAUAGCGUGCGGGUUUUACAAGGUUGUGAAAGCCAAGCCUGGUGGGAAACCAAGGAGGAACCAUGCAGACUGAGACCAAAACCUUCCUAUGGGAUGUCUCUAGCACAAGACCAAUCACAAUCAUAGAGAUUGGAUAUGGUCUGACCACUCCCCUCACGUGAGACCGUCUGUAUAUUGGUCAUAUCCAUCUCCUGUGGCACAAACCACAUAUAGGUGCAAAUUCAGUGUUAUGUGGACCAACAUUGGCCUUUGUCAACCAAGAUGCUUGGCACAAUAGAGUCUUGCCAUAUUAUGGGGGAGGAGCAAUGGACAGACUGUAUAAUGAGGGGUGGGACAUUGUACUCACGGAUAGCAUGCAAUUAAAGACUGCUUUCUUGGGAAACGUCA